UGCCUUGCAACCUCUCUGCUGUUUUCGAGGAAAUGAAUUCGUAUCGUAUUUGCUAAUUAUUUGAAGUCUUUUGAUGUAAGCUUGAUUGGUUUUUUGUGUUUUUGAGAUGCUACUGUGUUUUUCUGGACUGGCUCUGUGGAGAUGAUGUUGAAGUUUGUUGGUUUUUCUCAGUUUUGUGCAUUCUUUGUUGGAAUGAGUUGUGUGUUUGAGGUUUUGAACUUGAAUUUCUUGUGGGUUGUCUAAUAUUUGUUGAAGAUAUGGUUUUUGUUUAGUUUUGGAGUAGUUUUAUAGAACUGAUUUGUGGAAUACUAACUUUACUUCUAUGUUACUUGAUUGUAUCUCUGUGUUGCCAAAAUGAGAGUAUUUCGGUUGUUUGAAUUUUCUGCUGAAUUUUACAGAAAAAAUAGAAAUGGGGGCUAACAGCUUUGAGUUGCAUUGCAUGUUCUAUUACUCAGAACUGGAAGAGACAUUAGGGUGGUCCUUGUAUAACCCGUUGCCCCAUUUAUGCUGAUUUUCCAACUUGUAAAAUUUUGUUAAUGUAGCACUAACUUGAGAGGUUCCUACUGGAUUUCUUUGAUGUCGUGCCACCUAGAGCAAAGAUAAUGGGCAGUAAAGUAGUCGUAACGUACAAGAGGAAGAGGCUGUUCUCGAGAAGUGACCAUUCUCUUUUAAAUUUACACACUAAUACAUCUUGCGAGAGUGCAAAGUCAAAGACAUCGGAUAAUUUCCCCAACAACACAGGAUUUGGGAGUCAUGCAUAUUCCAAAGACACUGGCGGGGAAGAUGUGCUGCAAUGUGAAAAUCGUGAUUCCCAUUGUUGCAGUCAAUGGUCAGAGAAGCAAGCUAGGAAACUGGAUAUGCUUCCUUCUGAAUGCACAGAACAGAAGGAUUCACCAGUUUCAGUUGAAACUCAGAAACAUACUUCUGAGAAGAACUGUUCCCCAAAUGCUGAUGCUAAGCAAAUUAUAUGUCAUCCAAAUUUGAACAAGACUCCUGAAGUAAGAUAUGACAUUGAUUCUUCUGGUCGUUCUAAUGCUGUGAAAUCGGGCGAAGAAUUUGAAGACUGCAAGAAGAUUCUGACAGUUUCGCAACUUCCUGAUGCAUGUUCUGGUGCAGAACCAGACCCUAUAUGUUUGAAAACUUCUGCCGGAAUAAACCACAGCUGUCAAAUGAAGGGCACAUGUACUCAUGAAGCAUCUACUUUGGCGGAAACAGACAAAUUUAAUACAGAUCAGUAUAGUAGCUUAUGUAAUAAUUCGGGUAUGAAGCGCAAGCUGAGCUCGUCAUUAAUUACAUUCUGUAGAAGAUCCAAGCGGAACACCGCUGAUAUUGCUGCCAAGUCUGCAAUCCUACCUGCUGCAAGUUGUUUGGUGGAUCUAAAGAAUGAGAAGGAACAUCCCGAGGAUAAUGAUAAUUCAUGGUCUUUCCCCGCCCCAGCUCCAGCAAUUUCGACGCUCGUGCUGGCUGAUAAUCCUCAGCAUUUUCCGCAUGGAGAAGCUGCAGUUUCCCCAAAUGCUGCUGCACAUUGUCGUCAGGAUUCCCAGGAGCAGAUGGAACAACAAAAAGUUUGCAUCGAUGUUCAAGAUAAUCACCAUAUAAACGUGGCAACACAGAGGUUGCCAAAUGAGGAUGUAAUGAGUAGGAUAACGAAUAGUGAUGUCUCGGGGAGGGGAGGUUCCAUAAUGUCUCUAGAUUUAUCCGUUCCCCCACAUGCAUCUCAUAAUAUCGACUGCAACCUACCACUUGACGGUGGUUCUGAUGAAAAUCCACCAGUUGAGACUUCAGAACUUCUUCAUGAUUCUCUUGGCUCGACUAGUAAGAUGAAGGAAGAGAUGUUGAGUUUGCCCGUGCAGCACGUAGAAAAUGGUUCUCCUGCGAGGGCUGGCAGUGACAAGGGAAAGUGUAGUUUGGAUUCUCCUCCUGUGUUAACUUGCAACGCAUCCAAAAACAAGUAUAUUCAGUUUUUACCUGAGAGCAGAAGUGACAGCGCGGUGCAGCUAGGUAAUAACUCGGAGAAAGUGAGCCCUCUCCAUCCAUCAAGCUUACAGUCUUCAAACUUGAUUGGUUUGUCCCUGCAACCAGAGCAGAUGGUUGAUGGUCGCGCUUCUUUUCCUCUUUCGUGUGAAUGGCCCAAUGUUGUACAAUCAAGAGAAUCUUUUCGCAGUCUCCAACAGUCUACUUCAGACCGGACACAAUCAUUUGCAAGAGACAAGAUGAUGCUGGACAACAUCUUAACUAGAGCAAGAGCUGUGAGAGGAAGCAGAAGCAGCUUCUUGGACAAGUUCGAGUAUCCAACCACCUGGUUAGACGAGGAGUUGGAUUCUCUCUGGAUCGGAGUGAGGAGACAUGGAAGAGGCAACUGGGAUGCCAUACUAGGGGAUCGCAGGCUGCACUUCUUACCGUGGAAAACGUCUUGGGACUUAGCUGAAAGGUGGCAGGUAGAACAGUCCCGCCUCUUAUCCAGUAUGCCCGUUUCUCUGAGAAGAUACACGAGCCCUCCAGAUUUCUCGUCCGAAAGCAUCUUGCGUCAUCCACGGCCAGAACCCCAGGUGGAUGAAGUCCGUCUUUCCCUUGGACUUCCGCUCCAUUUCAUGAAUAAUAAGACGAAAGGUGACGUGCAGAGGCCAGUUACAAACACUGGUGUAGGGGACGAGUCUUCCUCUAGUGCUGGACUCACAAAGGGAAGCUUGCCGCACUGGCUUAGAACAUUGGCUGAAAUUCCACCCGGGCUGGCCGGUGGGCCCCACGUUGUCCCAUCAGGUUGCCACCCUGGACCUGCGUGGCUUAACCAACCUGGUUCCAACUCCGGUGCAGCUCCUCAGCAACCAUGGCUGAGCAAAAGAUACAUCUCUGCUCAAAGAAGACCUGAGCCACAGAAUGGUGGAAAGGCUCCUUGCUCGGGUUUUGCCUUGGUCGUAGAAGACGAGCAUCCGGCUGGUAAGCAGGAAGACUUGAUCAUCAUACCAAGUGACGCCUCGUCUGAGGAGACGAUCUCGGACGACCAUAGCAUUAGACCUUAGUUAGAAGAUGACCUUGAGUUGGGAAGAAACUGCAUCUUUAUUUGAGUAUCUGAUUCUCAGUGGUGAGGAUGUGUUUCAUCUCUUGUAUAGCUGCUCUAUACAAUUGCUUGAAGCUCUGAAAAUCUUGCUCUGAUGCAUUACCAUGUGAAAAAGGGGCAAAAAAAAAAAAAAAAAAAAACACUGAUGCAUGGAGUUUGGAGUUGUGAAUAUCCAUGCAUUUACAAAUGUGAUUUUAAUCUUGAAAAGAUUAGAAAUGUUGUACAUUUGUGUUUAUGCAGGUAGCUAUUGUUUUAAGACAAGUAUUUGAUAAUGUAGUUUAGUUGCUUUUCUUAUAAACUAUGCUAUUUUCUUUUUAA